AUGUCGUGUCCGAAGCGCGCCCGGGUCGCCACGGCCCCGUGGGCGUCGCUGCCGGAGGAUCUGGUGCAGCUGAUUGGCUGGCGGGUGCUCUCCGGCGACCUGCUAGACUACGUCCGCUUCCGCGCCGUCUGCGCCCACUGGAGCCGGAGCGCCACCCACCCUGGCGGCCGGGGCCUCCUCGACCCGCGCUUCCACCCGCGCCGCUGGAUGCUGCUGCCCGAGGGCCACGGCCUCUACCCCGGCCACCCCGCGCUCGGCGGCCACGGCCUCUACCCCGGCCACCCCGCGCUCGGCGGCCACGCGCGCUUCCUCAACCUAUCCACGGGCGCGCUCACCCGCCUCCACCUCCCCCUCUUCCACGACCACGUCCUCCUCGGCUGCACCGACGGCCUCUUGCUGCUGCUGCGGCACCGCGACCCGGGGGACACCGCCGUCCGCCUCCUGCACCCCUUCACCGGCGAUAUCGCCGAGCUCCCGCCGCUCUCCUCCCUCCUGCCGCAGAUGGAGCACUACGGCAACAUGACCGAGGAUCGCAAGCGCCACACGCUCCGUGUCAGCGCCGCCGUCACCGUUGGUCCCGCCACCGCCGGGGCCAUCACCGUCAUGCUGGCUCUCGAAAUCAAACAGCUUGUGGCACACGCCACUACCGGCGACCAGCGGUGGACUCUCUCGGCCGGCAGGCUCCCGUGUCUGCUGGGACCAACCGUGUCUUUCCAUGGCAACCUGUACGCGGUGACGCCCAAGUCUGCUCAGAGGAACAGCGUGUGCAUCUGGCAAAUUGAUGCUCCCCAACCGGAUGCCGCAGAAGGUCGACGUCGACGGUCUCUUCUGCCAUCGAGGAUCAUCGCCCACUGCCCACUGGCUGCAACUGAAGGCGCUGUCAACCUGGUCGAAUGCGGCUCGGAGCUCAUGCUUGUUGGCUUCAGUGAUGCGAAACCUACAGGCCUGGUUGUUUACAGAGUCGCCGACCUCAUCAGUGGAAGGGUCGUUUCCAUAACCGACAUUGGAGAGCAUGCUCUGUUCCUUGGGCAACGGCCCUUGUAUGCAUCACAGAACAAGGGGCUCCCUUCUGUUGUGGCAAACUCUAUCACCUGCAGGUAUAGAGUGACGAAGAACAAUCCACUCAGGGGAGGACGUGCUUCGCGAAGUACUGAACAAUACCAUAUAGGUACCGGCUGCGGCACCUGGUCUCCAGCCAUUGAUGGAGACAUUUCAUGCUGGGAUAGACCUCCGGCAAGCCCUUACAUGCUCAUCCAUCAUAUUUUUACCUGUUGUGUAACACUCAGCUACUAA